AUGUCUGGAAAUAAAUUUUUACAUAAAGAAUGGGUAAAUAGAACUUCUAUUCCCGCAGCAAGAAGAUUCAUUGAGGGUCAUCAUUGUACAGAAUGUGGAUUAAAUGAUGUUAACUAUGGAGGUAGAUGGAAAGAUCAUAGAAAAGCAUUGAUUCAUGGUUCGAGAAAAGAAAAGAAGAUCGAUGCUUUCAGUUCAAAUUACAAACCACCCAUCUACAACAAUGAUAUGUAUGAUCAACCGUAUAUCAUGAAGAAGGGUUACCAUUGUCGUAAGUUCCUCCUGAGAAACGACCAGAUCACCGAGUACUUGGAUCCAAUCUUGUUUGAAAAACCAUACUACAUUGACAGAAUCAAUCAAAACGGUGACAUCCAUGCCUACUACUUGUCGGACGGUAGCAAACUCAUGGGUAUUGAGAUGGCCAAGAAGUUUGAGAAAUCAGACAUUGACUACUCGUAUGACGAAGAAAAGCAAUGGGUUGACUACAGAUCGAAUGACGAGGCCCAUCUCAAGAAGAAGCAGGAAUGGGCUACCAAGAGAGCUCUUGAGAAAGAACAUGAGAAGUCCGCUCUCCAGAACAAGAUUAGAAGAGAUGAGGCAUUGGAGGCAAAGAGUGAACUUGACAGCAACGUCGCAAAGAGAGAAACAAUGAGUCUCAAGAAAUCGGGUCAAAGCCAACAGGCCGAGAAGAUAUUUGUCGGAGAGAGUCAGUCCACCGUUCAAAGAACUUCCACUGGUACACCAAUAUCCAGCAGUUCAUACUCCAAGAGCACCUACUAUGGUGCACCAGAGGCAUCCAACAACCAACAGUGGAUCACUACCGCCACAGAGGGUAUGAUGACACCAAAAUUUGAACGUGGAAGCACUCUUCAAGCCAAUGUUACACCAAUGAUUGUUCGUGACAAUAUUGUUUAUCAACCAGUUGGUGUUGUCAAUGAUAAAUCUGUCAAAAUGAAAAUAAGUUCAAUUGUACCAUCCGAUAAAUUAUUAUUGGUUACAACACCAUUUGUUAUUACAACUGCUCUUGCUACCUAUUUCUAUUCAAAAGAGAAAUUGGAAAAAGAAAGACAAGCAAAAUUACAUGAACAAAAGAAAUGCGAGGAACAAAGACUUGGUAGAACUAGAGCUGAGAGAGAAUUACGUCGUACUCUAAAUGAUAUCAAAGAGGACAGAGAUAACAAGUCAGAGAGACCACCCGAUUACCCACCAAUUGGAUUCCUCGAGUGUUGUUUCCGUGAGAGAAAUGGAACACCAAGACAAGGUUGCUUCGUAACCAAGGGACGUGCUAUUCUCCGUUUGCGUACCAAUAUCAAUCCUGCGCAUGCUCUUGAGGGUCUCGAUCAAUACUCUCAUUGUUGGUUGAUCUUUGUCUUCCACGAGAAUACCAACACUCUGAGAGGUGUCCGUCAAGAUAGACCUGGUAGCAACGUCAAGGCAAAAGUCAAGCCACCCAAGUUGGACGGUGUCAAAGUCGGUUUGUUCUCAACAAGAACACCUCAUAGACCAAAUGCAAUUGGCUUAUCAACCGCCAAGAUCGACAAGAUCGUUGGAAACGAGUUGCAUCUCAGUUGUAUCGAUUUGAUCGACGGAACACCCAUUCUCGAUGUUAAACCCUAUAUCAAACACUACGAUAGUUUACCAGAUGCUGUCAACCCAGCUUGGACAUUGACACCUACCGUCCCACCAUUGAAAGACGUCAUUGUAUUGCCAGAGGCAUGCGAGCAACUCAAAGUAUUGGUGAACCGAAAAGUACUAAAGUUCUAUGAUAAUUUCGAUGAUAUACAUUUGGCAAUCAAACAAGUUUUAGUUGAAGACAUUCGUUCAAUUAGAAAGAGAAAGAGUGAUAGAAUACACGAUUCCAAAGAGGAUGAGGCAGCCAACGACUUUGAAGAGGAAGAUAAAGGACCAGAGAAACAUAGAUUCUGUAUCGACACACUCAACGUUAAAUUCACCGUAGAAGAUCAAAUUGCAACCGUCUUUGAAAUAGAAUUAGAUGUAGUAUUGAAAGAAAAAGAAAAGAACAUCUAUCUUCCAUCUUCCAUUUAUGUUUCCAAUGGAGAACAACAAAAAAUCACUUCUCAGCAAGAUAACAAAAAUAAUGAUAAUAAUAAUGAUAAUAAUUAA